CAAUUAAUUCGUUAAUUUUUCCAUUAAGUUGUGAAGUUGAUCAGUCGGGAAAUUAUUAAUCGAAUUCUAUUAACCGAACAGUCGUAAAAGUUGCCAAAAAAGUUGGAAACGAAGUUGCAAAGCUGAGUACAGUUCCAGUGAAUUUUAGAAUUCUCGGAAAGUGUGAGUGCACAAAUCCAUUCGCAGAAAAAGCCGAGCGUCGUUGUGAAAUUCUGUUGCGGGAAGUUGCAAAGUUGAGUACAGUUCCAGUGAAUUUCAGAAUUCUCAGUAAGGAUCGUGCAAAUACGUAGACAGAAGCGUGCGUCGUUGUGAAAUUUGUUGGCGUAAAGGAGUGCACAAAUACAUUCGUAGAAAAAAACCGAGCGUCGUUGUGAAAUUCGUUGGCGUGAAAGAGACGGCAAAUACGUAGACAGAAGCGAGCGUCGUUGUGAAAUUCAUUCUUGGAAUAUUCACGUUUAAACAAGAUCGUUUGUGAGUUGUAUUGUGAAAAAAGGCAUGACGCGAACAAGGCGAACACCAGCCAAGAACAAUCAAGUUAAAGCUGACGAAGAAGAAGACAACCAACUUAAUUUGCUGGAUAUUGAAGUGCCAGACGAAGAGGGCAGCAAAAUAAUGGCGGCAAACAAAAGUAGUGAGGUGAAAGUGACAAAUAACAGCGGUGCAAGUGACCAAUUGCAGCAGUUAAUUCAACUGUUGGCAUUAAAAAUCGAAGUUGAUGAGCGCAAAGAAGAUCGCAGCACCGGAAAAAUCUCUGUAGACAGUUUCGAAAAAAUUAUCAAUGAAUUUGACGGUUUUUCGGUUCCUGUUGAUAAGUGGUUUGAAAUUUUUGAGCGCAAUGCGGAUGCGUACGAGUUGUCGGACAAACAAAAAUAUGUGCAUGCCAGAGGAAAAAUGUGCGGAGCUGCCAAACUUUUCCUAGAAUCCGAGUGCGUGUGCGAUUUUGAGGAACUGAAGACCAAAUUAAGCGUCGAGUUCAAAUGCAGUCGAAACAGUGCCGAUAUUCACCAGUUGUUGCGCGAACGUAAAAAGAAAAAGUCGGAAUCAUUUCAUGAGUAUUUGCUUCAAAUGAAGAAGAUCGCGAACAUCGGUAGCGUGGAAGAAUCUGCUUUAAUACGGCAUGUUGUGAAUGGGCUACAAAUAAAGAACGAAUAUAAAGUUGCUAUGUAUCGUUGCCAUUCUCUGAAAGCGCUAAAAGAAGAGUACGACAUUUUCGAGUUGGUACAAGAUUCGGAUGAAAAAAGCUGUGAAAAAAGCAAAGUUAACGCGAGUGUCAAGCCGAAAGUGUUUGAGAAGAAGAAGGACUUCUGUUUUAAUUGUGGCUCUGCGGAGCACAAAAGAAAAGACUGCCAGUCGCAAACAAAAUGCUUUCGUUGCAACGAGUUUGGACAUAUUUCACGGGAGUGUAAAAAACAACAGGAAAACACAGUUCGGGUUGUGACAAGCAGCAGCCGCCUCAAGAACAUUACAAUAAAUGGCGUUGAUGUUGAGUGCCUAGUCGACACGGGUUCAGAUGUCUCGAUAGUCAGAAAAAGCGUGCUUCAGAACUUAAAAAACGUAAAAAUGAUGGAAAGCGAGUCGGUUUUGCGAGGCCUGGGUAACAAAAGCACCAAGCCAAUCGGAUUUUUCAACGCUAGCGUAGUCGUUGAUCAGCUGCAGACUGAUCACAAGUUUCUGGUCGUAGACAACUUUACAAUGGACUGUAAUGCGCUUCUGGGCUACGAUUUUCUUCAAAAGUUCAAGUUUUCGGCCGACUCCAGUGGUUUUCUUUUUCAAUACCUUGAGCAAGAAACUGAAUCAGUAGUUUCCAACCUACUGGUCUUUGGCCAAGCUUCCACUGGUUCCCCUGAACUUGGCAGGAAACCACGCGGCAGCCACAACACCAGCAUCAUCAGCGACUCAGAUCUAAGCGCUUCGGAGCGAAGUCGUCGCCUGAUACCCUAUAUGGCCUUUUAUUUGCCCGCCCCCGAAUUGCCCAUCAAUCAGCAAUAUGCAAGCACCAAGCACUCAUCGUCAGCUGGCGGGGCACAGCUUCAGGCACCGCCGCCGGGACCAGGAAGGAUCCCAGUACCGGUGGCCUAUAUGCCGCAGCAGCAAAAGCAUCAUCCCCAUCACCUUGGACCGCCACAUCCGCCGCCUGCAACGCACUAUCAGUCGGGAGCAGCCGAGGUGUACCACAGCAUGGCCAUUGGCAGCCACCAGCAGUCACAUUCACAUCCGCAUUCGCAUCCAUAUCCCCACUCACAUCCUCCACCUGGCCAAGUCAAGGAGCAGCAGCCGCCUCUAACCGAUUCGGGUGCCACUUUUAUUGCCUACAAGCCAUUGAACCCAUCGCACAAGCACAAGACGGUGCAGCAUUUCCCGCCACUGCCGCCGCCAAAGGAGCAAGUGCAGCAGCAACCACAGCAGCACCACCUUCUUCUCCAGCACCACCACCAUCAGCAACACCACCACCAACAACAACAACAGCCACAACAAUUUGAGAUGCUAUCACCGGGUUUGGUGGCAUCAUCCCAGUUGCAGCGUCAGCGUGGCAAACAAUCAAAAAUCAAUUUAACGCCAUUUACAGCAAAGAACACAUUGCCGGGACAGUUUAUACCCAUUAUUUAUACGCCAGUGAGCAGCAAGCCCGGCUCCGGCAGUCCCAUCAAUUACAAUAACAUCAAUAAUGGCAACCUGAAGCAGCCAGAAAUCGUCUACCAAGCAGCAGUGCCGCAUAAAAAUUCCCAUCAAACACAAAUCGUUGGAGUUCUUGCCUCAGCCGAGCAGCAGCCGCAGCCGCCGUCACCAUCCGCAUCUUCCGAGGAGGAAAAGAGUGUGGAAGCGGAGGAGGAGCAGCAGCAACAGCAGCAGGAGGAUCAUAGAGGCUCCGAAGAGGCAGUGGAGGGGGAGGAGCAAAAGCAGCAGCCAACUCCAAGCAUUGGCUAUGCUUCCGUGUCGGUACCCGAUACAAGUUCAGUUACCACCGCCACCACAUCUAGCAAAACCGCCUUGAUACUACAUCAAAAAUCGCCGACAUUUGGCGGGCAUGUGAGUAAAUACGAGAGUUACUUCAACAUGGCCCCGCCCACACAUUCGCAGCAUCCGCACCUGACGCCUCAGGAGAAAUACGUGCUUUACUUACAACAGCGCAUGAAACACCAAAAGCAUCAGCAGCAACUGCAGCAGCAGCAGCAGCACCAGAAUUACGACUUUCCACAUCCGGUGGUGGUGCCAGCACAAAGCAGUAAUACACUGGCCGGUAGCCACCAUCCUGCAAACACCCAUCUGCAUCAACCCCAUCAGCAGCAAACACCUCAUCAUCCCCAGACACAGAUCCAUCAUCCAAACAAGUACGACGAUGCCCUGUAUGUGCGGCCGGAUGCAACUGCUGGCCAACAGGUGCUGCACAUUCCGUUGCGCGCCCUCAUGGCCCACGUCCAAGAGCAGACGCAUUCGGAGUCGCAAUAUGCCAAGGAUGAGACGCUGGGCUCCCCAGCACCGGCGCAGUUUAUUGAUUAUCUGAUUGACGGCCCUCGACAGUCGCUGGAUGAAGACCAGCAGCAGCAGCAGCAGCAUCAACAGCAGCACGAGCGUCCUUCGGUCCAUCAUCCUUCGCCCCAGCAUGCUUACAUUUUGGUGACCACAACAGCUCCUCAUAUUGAACACCAACCUGCGCCACAGAUUCACCCGGAGAUUUCCUCCACCCCAAGGCCUCAAAUUUUGUACAAGCAACAGCCCACACUUCGAUUACAGCCAGUGCAUACCUACAAGGCCACCCGACGUCCCAUUUACGUGACCGCACCCCCGCCAGCUGGUCCUCCCACGCCUAGUCACACAGUGGAGAUUACUCCAAAAUAUGUUUAUGUUUCAGGAAAGCCACCAAGUGGCUCAGAGGUGGCGCAGCGGGAACCCUCGACAGUGACACCCAUUAAAUUAAAGCCCGUUUUCAAGUACGCUCACGAGCGUCCUCCAUUAACGCCCGCAUAUGUUCACGGAAAUGAGGAUGAUCAGUUGCCCGAUAUUCGUACCUCAUCGCUGGCCGAGAUCUUGCACAAGCUUCAAGCGAGCAAUCAUCUCCCACAAACACUGACACCCGACAAUAUAGACAACUCCAUUAAGACCCUGAUACGGAUAUUGCAAAACCUAAAGCAAACCCAAACGAUUGUGGCAAAUCCACCGCAGCAUCACGAGCAAGAGGAUCACAAAUCCCAGGACUAUGACUACAACAGCGAAGAUGAUCACCAUACAACGUCGACGGGAUCCGAGGAGGAGACAGUUUCCAAACUAAAGGGGCCAAAUAAGCAUCCUGGACCAAGUACAGGAAGGCCAGGUAUCGAUUAUCCCAACUACGCAGAGAUCCCCAAGACAAGCUUCGAGUGCACCCAGCAACGCUACAAGGGAUUCUUUGGGGAUCCAGAUACCAACUGCCAAGUCUGGCACUAUUGCGAUCUCAAUGGCGGCAAGGCAUCGUUCCUGUGCCCCAAUGGAACCAUAUUCAGUCAGAUUGCUCUGACUUGCGACUGGUGGUUCAAUGUGAAAUGUUCCACUACUUCUCAACUUUAUGUGCUAAAUGAGCGACUCUACAAGUACAUACUGCCCUUUAAUCCCAAGUUUCCCGAGGACUACAAUGGACCCAUUGUAGAUAAAUACCUGGCCAUGAAGUUUCAGGAAAUGGAAGAGAAAAUGCGGCAGGAGAAGCAACGCAAGGCUGCUCAGCAGGCGGAGAAACCAGUCGAGGUCUCAUCGUCUACUCCAUCCCUGCCCAAAAACCAUAAGCCAGAACCCAAACAUAUUGGCAGUGGAAUUAACGCUCAGGUGUAUGAACAAAGCUCGGAGCGAAAUCUAUUAAUUGAUGACGAGAUUGAUGACAUUUCGGAGCGUGGCAGCUACGACACCUUUGAACAAUCGCAACCAACCACUAUAAUGGCUCCUACAAGCACACAGGAAGAUACAAAAUCCUAUGUCCUCAAGCCAAUUGUGGUGUCAUCUACACCGCAACCGGUGCCACAAAUCGAUUUCGAAGUGGAACCCACAGCACCGGAAAGCAGCGAAGAAGAGGAUAAGCUGCAGAGUUUAAGGGAGACUAAGGAGGCCGAAAAGAAACUGGGGCGAGAGACGACUAAAGUUAGCGUGGAAAAGCUGGAGGUUAUUGAGAUUAAGACCGAUGGAAAUACCGGACAACUGAUGCCCAUCAAGCGUAGCAGCAGCAGUAGCAAAUGAGCAGCAAUCAGUGGAAGGGAAGUAAGGAAGAGCUUGCCAUAUUUGUAAUGAAAAAUUCGUCCCUAAAUUAUUGUUUAGCGAGCAAGUACUGUAAAUAGCUAGCCGUAAAUGCAACUGUAUACAUAUACCUACCUAUAGCUAUAGUUGAAAUAAAUAAAUCUGACUAGUAAGUAAAAGAAA